GAGGAGCAGCAGCAGCAGCAGCAGCUCACUCGCUCAGAGCUGGCUCUUGCCUGCCUGGCCACUGGCUGGAGCCCAGCUGCAAGCAGUGCCCAUCUUCUGCCUGGCUGCCAGGGGACGCUAACCCAGGGAAGGGGCUGGGAUGACGCAGAAAACCAGACUGAACUUCGUAGCUGAGGAUAAGAUCUGGAAGGAUCACCUUGAAACAGAACAAGAAGCUAGGAGGAGAUGGCCCAAACGAUGGGGAUUUCUAACCACUCCACUUGAAGAGUUGAUAAAAGAUGAAGAGAAACAACCUGCUAAGCCUAAGAUCCCGCUUCCAGAACACUUACAAAUCCGACCUGUGACACCGGUGGAAACAUAUAUUAAGAUCCAUCCAUCUCCUCCAGUCCCUCAAACAACCCAAGGCUUCAUCGGCUGGAGAUCAUCAGUACCAGGGCUGGAACUUGAACGUUAUUAUCAGAUUAGAAGCUGCAAAGGUGCCUUUCACAAGGACUUGAAGUGGCCCAACGAACCUACUGACUGAUCUUCAGAAAGAAUUACUAGGCUGACUGGUCUCUUCCCCACCCCCACCCCAUUAACUUAAGUCCAUUUCCACUACUCCUGAUAAAUAGGAGCAAGGUUGAUAAGAAUUUGUUGUCCAAAUUUCAGCAGUGCCUUAAAAGUGAAGGUUAAUUAUGACAUUUACCAUGCUCUUUUAUUAAAAUCUCCAGCAUACAAUAUCCAGGUGCCCUUUUGCUCUUUUGUAACUCCAGUUGUGUUCUUGCUUUGUGAAGUUUUGGAAGCCAAAAAUUUUUUUAAUAGAUUCCCUAGUCCUCUUCCCAGAACAAGCAGUAAUUCCACUUUAGAAGGGUAUUCACACAUGCAGACUAACCCAGGCUAGGGCAGCCCAGCCUGGGUUAGACUGCAUGUGUGGAGCACCAGGCCCUGCAUGUGUGAAGUCACUCCUGGCCCUACCCCCACGCCAAACCCCACUUCUGAACCCGGCAUUUACCUGAGGUUAAGUGAACUUGUGGUUCACUUAACCUCAUCCUCGGCCAGCAAUCGUCUGGACCAGGGAUUCUCAACGUUGGGUUCCCAGAUGUUAUUUGACUUCAACUCCCAUAAUCCUCAGCCCCAGUAGCCUUUGGUUGGGGAUUAUGGGAGUUGAAGUCCAAUAACAUCUGAAGACCCAACGUUGAGAACCCAUGGUCUGGACUAUCACAGCUGGGUUAAACAGCUUGCAACCAUUUAACAAAAGAAAAAAGAAAAAGACUUCAGGGAGUCCUAUCACAGAUCUCUCACAUCACAUCUCCUCACAUAAGAAUGCCUCUGCAUCCAUUCAGGUCAAUGACCAGCCAUUAGACCUGCUUAGCUUCAAUGAGAUGGUUGAAACAUUUGCCCUGAGACUCCAAGUAUUUCAUGCAUUCAUUUGUUCAUUCAUUCAUUCAGUUUAUAUAUCUCCCAUCCUAGAGUGACUCAGGGUGGUUUACAUUAUGAAAUGGUUCUACAGCAACUUCCAAAAAUUCCAGGGCACUUUGUGGCUGUUAUUACUCUAUCUGAAUUAGCAGCAAAUCUCCAGCAUGAUGGCGACAGAUUCAGCUGCUUGUGGCUUUUCCCCUACUAACUUCUAAAGAAGUGACUCAUAAUGAAGUAUUUCCCUGUUUCUCCCCAUGCAAACAUUUUAUUUGACCAUCCUCCUGCUCCACAUCCCGCAAAACAACAACUGACCUCUCUGCAUUCACUCCAAAUAACUGAGAAGUGAAUCAGAGAUUUUGGAAAGAUCUCUCAAAGAAUAAGAAUGCUUCCAGAAGACAUCCUUCCUCCAGCCACACAAAAAAUCAGACAUUAUCCAAUAUUUAUUGAUUGCAAAAAGGACUUGUAUGGGGAAACUUUGGAAAGAUGCUAAAGUCCAUGAGACUAAAUCUUGCUUGAAAAAGAUUUGGGAGUUAGCAGUAAUGAGGAGGGCACCUAUUUGAUUAUUAAGCUGUGAUAAGUGAGCACAAGAUUUGACACACUUAGAAAUAAAUGGAGAUUCUUCAUAACUUUUUUGAGUACUUAUAUCUGUAAUUAUUGCUUUUCUUAUCUGGAAAUGGAUAGAGGCAUUGCUUUGAUCAAAAUUGCAUGUUGGAAUGAAUAAUUAUGUUAAUAUUGUGAUCUUUGAGUCUCAUUAUUUUAUGUAAAAUUGAUAAACUUUUUGUUUUUAAAGAA